GCAACGAAGGGUGCUUCUGUUUCACACAUUCGGGACCUGUAGUUGUUCUGCAGGAAAAUCCUUUUUGAGGUUGAGGAUAAAUAAGCAAGGAAACCGUGAUACUGUGUCCUAAUUCAGAACGAAAAUCUGACAAGAAGUAGGAAAAUAGAGUAAGAAUGGCCAAUUCACCAGCGAAUAUAACCGUGUCAAGUAUUUUAAAGAACAAGAGUUCUUUCGAGGAUGAGCCACGGAAGAAGAGCAGGGAGGAUUGGCGGAAGGCGAAAGAACUGGAGGAGGCGAGGAAGGCUGGUACGGCUCCGGCUGCCGUCGACGAGGAGGGCAAAGAUAUCAACCCGCAUAUUCCACAGUACAUCAGUGCUACGCCGUGGUACUUUGGUUCUCAAGGUCCUACCUUGAAACAUCAGAGGCCACAACCUGAGAAGCAGAGAGAAUACAGCUCUAUAGACGCAUGGUACAACCGUGGCGUUGAUACUUCCAACGUAUCGGUCAAAUAUCGCAAGGGUGCUUGCGAGAACUGUGGUGCGAUGACUCACAAAAGGAAGGACUGCAUGGAGAGGCCGCGCAAGGUUGGGGCAAAAUUCACAAACUCGAAGAUAGCAGCAGACGAGUUCACGCAGCCCGAAUUGUCGAUGGAUUACGAUGGCAAGAGAGAUAGGUGGGCUGGUUACGAUCCCUCCGAGCACAGAGCAAUAGUAGAGGAGUACCAGAAGAUAGAGGAAGCCAAGAGACAAAUGCGAGCUGAGAAGCUCAAUGCGGAGGAGGAGAACGACGAACAAGAUUCCGACAAGGAUGAGGACAAGUAUGUGGACGAGGUGGACAUGCCUGGUACGAAGGUGGACUCUAAGCAGCGUAUUACAGUGAGGAACCUGCGAAUUCGAGAAGACACCGCCAAGUAUCUGCGCAAUCUAGACCCGAAUUCGGCGUAUUACGAUCCAAAAACCAGAUCUAUGCGAGAUAAUCCCUAUGUUGGCACGGAUCGCGAGGUGGACUACAAAGGCGAGAACUUCGUACGCUUUUCUGGCGAUACUCAGCAGCAUGCUAACGCACAAUUGUUUGCCUGGGAUGCGCACGAAAAGGGAGUCGACGUACAUUUGCUGGCUGAACCUACGAAGCUAGAGUUGCUGAAACAAGAGUACGACAAGAAACGCGACGAGCUGAAGGAUAAGGCACGCGACAGCAUAAUCGAUCGUUACGGAGGCGAGGAGCAUCUCGAGGCGCUUCCGAAAUCUUUAUUACUGGCGCAGACUGAACAGUACGUCGAAUAUUCGAGAUACGGUAAGAUAAUCAAAGGACAAGAUCGCCAGGUAAUAAGAUCCAAGUACGAAGAAGACGUUUUCCCGAACAACCAUACGUCGGUCUGGGGUUCUUAUUGGCAGGAAGGAAAAUGGGGCUACAAAUGUUGUUUCUCCUUUAUCAAAAAUUCAUAUUGCACUGGAGAGUCUGGGAAGAAAGCGGUGGAGGCGAUAAGUAAUAACAGCAUGCAAAAUAAACUUUUAUAUACAAGACCUGAAGCAGAAGAGGUAGAUGACGCACCAGAUACGUUAAACGUCGACAAUAACUCGUCAAGCAGCGAAUCUUCGUCGGAAGAUGAACGUACGAAGAAUAAAUCGGAAAGGCAAAGUAAGGCAGCUAAACGAAGAUUGAAGAAACAAAAGCGUAAAGAAAAUCGCAAGAAUAAAAAGGGUAAUAAUGCAGAAAAACAAGAGGAGGAUAAGUUAAAAGAAGCAUUAAGAAGAGAAGAGGACAGUGCGAAAGAAGCAGAUAUACUAUUAAAACUGGAUGAGAGAAAGCGUCCAUACAACAGUAUGUACCAAGCGAAGGAACCAACAGCUGAAGAGAUAGAAGCGUAUCAAAUGAAACGUAAACGCGACGAAGACCCGAUGGCUCAUUUCCUUUAAAAAUAAUAUUACGUAGCUCUUGUAGUAAAAUAGAUUAUUGUACAUAUGUUUAUAAUUAAAUCUAUGAUAUUUUAUAAAAUAUAUAAAAUGUUAAUACGUAAUUUAGUAUUCUUAAUAUUCUUGUAAUCCUAAUUAUGUGUAGAAAAAUACAUAUGUAGAGUUUAUUAUAUUAAAAUGCGUAACUCUUGCGUGAUGAUUCGCAACUAAAUAUGGGCAUCGUGUAUUUAUGGCUUCGGUUUCCAUUUUGUAGUGCUUAAACAACCGCUACGUAUCUCCAGUUCUCCACUCUUCCACCAAAAAGUGAGGUAGUAGUACGAGUCAAUAAUACGGCACUUAGACGCAGUUUUAUUUUUAAACAUACAACUUGAGAGCGUAAUAAGAUACAAUAAUGUAUUUUAAAUAUAUUGAGAAAAG